UGUCGGUGAGGGAAGAAGCUAAUUGACCUACGAGUGAGUGGGAAUGAGAGUGAGAGUGGAGAGUGCAGAGGGGAGAGCUGAGAGUGGAGAGGUUCCCUUUGGCUUCGUAUCAAAACCCUACAGCUCCCCGCGGCUGCUACAGUCGUGUAUGAGAAGAAUAAGAAAGCCGGGGUUUGUAGUGGAUCCAUUCAUCCUAUGAUUCCAGCACAAGAUGCUCUGUCUGAAAGCCCAAGUUGUGGAAGAUGACCCUCGCGCUUCUCGUUCCCAGGCCGGCGUUUUUCUCCCCAUCAACUUGCCCAGUUCGAUUCAUAGGUAUCUACGGAAGAACGGGAGGGGUGGUUCCCAUCAUUCGUUUUCUUCUUCUGGAGAUGGGUCCGGCACUUCAUCCGGUUUAGAGGACAGAAAGCCUUGGGAAAGAGAAAGCAGUCAGGAGAGCAGGGGAAGAACAUGCCUUUACAAAUUCCAACUUGAGCAGGAUGUUAAGGAGUUACAAAAACAGUUACAAGAAGAGAUUGACUUGAACUUGGCACUAGCAAGUGCAGCUGAACACUCUUCAUCACCCUUUUCUGACUCUUUCCAGCUUCCAGCUAAGGCCCAAGAGCUUUUGGAUAGCAUAGCUGUUCUGGAGAUCACGGUAUCAAAGCUUGAACAAAAAUUGGUUGCCUUGAAUUAUCAGCUUACUCAGGAGAGGAAUGAGCGCCGACUUUCUGAAUAUCAUUUAAGGCAUUUUCCCCAUUCUGUUUCAUCAGGGCUUCACUGUUGUCCUGCACAUUCAACAAAGAUGAUAAUUGAACCAUAUGAUGGAGACGGAGAGGAUGAAGAAAUGGAUGAUCUGCCUCUAUGGUUAGAUGUGAAUGAAGAUCCAAGUAAUGAUUAUUUUGUGGAGAAUCUUUGGCAUCAUCCUAAUCAACUGUCAGAAGAAAUGGUGCAGUGCAUGAGAGACAUAUUCCUCUUUUUAGCAGAUUCGUCAAAGCUUUCUUCCUCUGAGGGUGUGGCUUCACCUCGAGGUCACCUAUCCUAUUCUUCUUUAGCAUCUUUCUCAGACUCAUCCAUAUUGGCUUCUCUAGUAAGGAGUCCCUCAGUUGAUUUGCAUAAUGUUUCUGAAAUCUUUGCAAGAGAUGGCAUGUUCGAUCCUUAUAGCAUUCCUGGAAAGGUGGAUUGGACAAGAAGUAUAGGAACCUACAGCAUGGCAGCUGAAGUCUCUUGGAUGUCAGUUGGAAAGAAACAGCUUGAGUAUGCUGCUGGAGCUUUCAAAAGAUUUAGGUUGCUUGUUGAGCAGUUAGCUAGAGUGAACCUGUCCUGUAUGAGCUGCAUUGAGAGGAUGGCUUUUUGGAUCAAUUUGUAUAAUGCCUUGAUUAUGCAUGCUUAUUUAGCGUAUGGAGUUCCAACAAGUGAUAUCAAAUUAUUUUCCUUAAUGCAGAAGGCUGCUUACACAGUAGGAGGGCACUCUUUCAAUGCAGUUGACAUUGAGUUCAUUGUUCUGAAGAUGAAGCCUCCAGCUCAUCGCCCACAAAUAGCCUUGCUUCUUGCUCUCCAUAAAUUCAAGGUAUCUGAGGAGCAGAAAAAAUAUUCAAUCGAUCAUCCAGAGCCUCUCAUAACUUUUGCACUGAGUUGUGGGAUGCAUUCCUCGCCUGCAGUGAGAAUCUUCAAGCCUGGAAAUGUGAACGAGACUCUAAAGAAGUCAUUGAAGGAUUAUGUGCAAGCAUCUGUCGGAAUAAGCAACAAAGGGAAACUAUUGGUGCCAAAGUUCUUGUACUGCUUUGCCAAAGGUAUUGUAGAGGACUCUCUGCUCCCUGAGUGGAUCUGUCAAUUCCUCUCCCCAGAACAAGCUGCAGUGGUUAGAGAUUGUUCAUCAAAUCCCAAGCGGAGGCUCCUUAGUGCUCGGAGCUUCAGUAUUCUAUCAUUUGAUUCAAGAUUUCGAUAUCUCUUCUUAUUGGAAGACAGGACCUUGCCUAAAAGGCAUGGAGUCAACGGGAAUGAUUGAUUUUAUAUUGAACAGCUGCCAACAGCCCUCCAAAGCAAGUAAGCAUUGCUUUGGAAAAAUUGGUUUAAAUUUUUAUAUAAAACAGCUAUUUUUUUUUGCUGAAUAGAAAGAUUGACUGGGGAGCAUAGGGAGGAAGCCUCGACUGAAAGGGCUCACAUCUGAUCAGCUUAAAGACUGGACAAGGUGUCACAACUACAACUGAUCCUGAUGACCUUGUGGCUGCUCAGUCUUGUUUUGCUUAUUUGAAUAAUGGAUGCUGCAGAGAUAAUUGGUAAAAGUUAUUUUGUACAGCAGUAAAUUGUGUAAAUAGUUCUUGUCUGGAAACUUGAAUGGAAAGGUAUGGUCUGGGAGGAACUACUCAUUGCAAC